CAGCGCUAGGACGCGAAGAAACACCAGGCUGGCGCAGGGUGACCAGUGCUAAACCAGCUGAAACCGCUACACAGUCCGCGGAGCUUUUGUUGUACAACCUCAGGGGGGAGAUGUCCGCUGUACGGUGCCGACUGCCCUUCCUAGUAAUAUUCCUGGAAGGGAUUUUACUUGUGCUGAUCGCACUGUUUGUGACUUAUGAUGACCACUCCGAUGCUGCCGCCCAGGGCAAUGAGACUGAUCACAGCCGUAACCAACUCUAUGCAAUCUUCCCUGUUUUCCAAGACAUCCAGGUGAUGAUCUUUGUGGGCUUUGGACUCCUCAUGGGCUUCCUAAAGAAGUACGGUUACGGAGGAAUCGCCUUCACUUUUAUGAUAGCGGUGUUUUCCGUUCAGUGGGCUCUGCUAGUGCAAGGCUGGUUCUAUCACUUCUACGAGGGCAAGAUCCACAUCGGGGUAUACAACCUGCUGACGGCUGAAGCCGUCUGUGCCACUGUCAUGAUCUCCUUCGGAGCCGUGCUCGGCAAAACCAGCCCCGUGCAGAUCCUCAUUCUAGCUCUUCUGGAAGUCCCAAUAUUCACUGCAACCGAGUGGAUUAUUAUAGAACUGCUAAAAAUCAAGGACGUCGGGGGGUCUAUCACCAUCCACUUGUUUGCUUGCUAUUUCGGGCUAAGUGUCACCACGGUGUUAUACAGACCCGGUUUAAAAGACGGGCACAAGGACGAGGGCCCAGACUAUAACUCCGAUAAGUUGGCCAUGCUGGGGACCCUGUUGCUCUGGGUCUUCUGGCCAAGUUUUAACUCAGUCUUUGCAUCGACUGGGGACGGCCAGCAUCGCGCUGUGCUGCACACUUACAUAGGGCUCAGCUCGUGUACCCUCACCACCUUCGCUAUAUCCAGCCUACUGGACAAGCGCGGCAAAAUUAACAUCGCUCACAUCCAGAACGCUGCCCUGGCCGGUGGUGUGGCGGUGGGCUCUGCUGCUGAUAUGAUGGUCACUCCAGCCGGGGCAUUCACCUUAGGUUGCAUCGCUUCCGUCCUCUGCACGUUGGGAUUUAAAUACUUGUCACCCUUCCUCGCAAAAAGACUCAAAAUCCAAGACGUAUGUGGCAUCAAUAACCUGCACGGCAUUCCCGGCUUCAUAGGGGCGAUAGGCGGCAUUGUGACUAUCCUAUUGACAAAUGAUGAGAUGUACGGCCACGGCUUGUAUGAUACCUUCCCCGAAAGAGUCCCCAAGCAAGGCGACGAGAGGUUGGCCGAACUGGUCCGGGUGCUCCCGCAACUGAAGGCUGGAAGUGGGCGAACUGCAUGGGACCAAGCACAGUAUCAACUAGCGGCAAUGGGUGUGUGUUUAGGCAUCGCUGUCCUGGGAGGGACCAUCACCGGCUUCAUACUGAAACUACCCUUCCUAGCCCAGCCAAAAGACGAGUAUUGCUUCAACGACGGCCCUUAUUUUGAAAUGCCAGAAGUGGAAGAGAAAGAAGAAUUUGAAUUUAGUGAUAAAAAUAAUGCGAACAACGAUCAACGCCUUAAAUUUCCAGUUUGAUUUCAACUGCUUAGGAUGCACGUGCAUCGAUCUUGCGUCAGUUUUCUGGACGUGCAGCGAUAGAAACACACGCUGUGGUCUGCGUAUUUUAAGCUAAUUGUCCAAUGCUUUACCAGAUAUACUUAUUAAAGAGAAGCCUUUAACCCGAAUUGAGUUGAAAAUUACUGUUUGGCAUCGCGGAACGCCUUAUAUUAUAAGUGAUUGAAAAAUCAGGACGUGCUCACUCCUCCAAAAAUCAUUCACAACUCCUGCAUAUUCUUAUCUGAGCUUUAGACUAAAACAUUACUCGGAAUGUGAAUCAGAAAAUGUUUCUCAUACUUGUUUAAAAAUGAUUUGCCCUAUUUUCCCACCUACAACAUACGGCGAAUGAGGCAUAAAUUUACAAGUCUGUGGUACCUGCUUCUUAACACGCUGUGACACGCUAAUCAUAAAUGUCAAUCUCAGUGCUACCUGCCAGGCCAACUCUGUCCAGACGAGACACUCAGCCAGUGCUUGUGUAAGAGUGAGUUUCCAUUUUUCCUUUUUAUAAGUCAGUAACUGAUUGCUCUUUAACUUCACACUAUAAGAUUUUAAUAGCAACUUUUUAGACCAGACAAAAUUAAAAGAAUUUUAUUUGCAAUGAAUAAGGUAAUGAAUAGUUUUAAGAAAUUCAAAUAAAGUUGUUC